UUCAGUGUUGAAGAAUUAAACUCAAAUUUUUGGUAAAUCAAAUUUCUAGUAGUUACAAUGAAUCGCAAAGGACGGGCUAAAGAGUCAACUUCCACCACGGAAUACUACUACUCCGAUAGGACUCCUUUGGGAAGAAGCCGAACGUUGCUGGUCGCUAAACUAGAGAGGGAAAAAAAGAGUGAAACGUCUUUUGACUCCACCACGGGCUACUACUCCUACUCUGAUGGGACUUCGUUGAGAAGGACCCCAAUCACCUUCAUGCCCAGUCCGAAGCUCAUGCAGAGCCCCAAAGUAAAAUUAAAGUUAAUCGCCCUAUAUGAGGAUCACAAGUGUUUGUGGAGUCAAUGUCACAAGGACUUCUUUAAUUUUGAACGCAAGGAGCAAGUCUGGGAGGCAAUCGCUAAUGAAAUGAAAAUGGAUUCACCACCUGAGUUUUGGAAGCAUAUGAUCCACAGGCUCCGCUAUAAUGUCGACUUGGAGCGCAUCCAAAAGCAGGAGGCAAAGUUUUCGGGCGGAACGGCACAACCCAAACUAUUCUACACGGAUAAACUUCAGUUUCUUAAUCACAUGUUUGACAGAGAAAGAAAAAGUUUACCAAAAGAGAAUCCCAUGCAGUUAAAGUCUUCGGUAGUUAUUCUUGAAAAGCUUCCCUCGAGGAACUUGCGACAAGUGCGAGAAAACCCAAAACCGCCCACUCCCAUCACUGAAAAGAUGGCUUCCCUUGAGAAGCUAAGAAACCACCAUAGCAGCAAGUUGGUUCUGACCCCAGAAGCCUUUCAAAAAAUGAAGAAGAUCACCAGCGGAGACCCCUAUUUUAUGACCAAUGUAAAGACAAAGAUUAAACCAUAG